UCCCUCCACUUGAAAGCAAUGGCUUCUAAUAACAAUCUGAAGCUUAUAUCCAUUCUCCCCCUUGCCAUCUCAAUCCUCUUAUCCUUUCAUCCUCAAGCAACCUUCCCAUUUGAAAUCGCAGACUUCAACGAAGAGGAAGAAUACGAAGAAUACGUGCUCGGUCAUCCUCUUAUUGUCCCUAACCUUCGAUCACGAAGUCGAUUCUUAAUGACCUCACCGAAGAAAGAUAAGAUCAGGAAAAGUGCACAUUGUGAACCCGACUCCUAUCAGAACAUAUGCAACGGCAUUUCUGUGAACAACGGGACCAACAUAUUGUACUGCUGCAAGACGCAUUGUCGAAAUGUUCUCCGUGAUCAGAAUAACUGUGGAGAAUGCAGGAACAGAUGCAAGUUCGGGCAAUGUUGCUGUGGUGGAGUUUGCACGGAUGUUGUCCACAAUUUUGAUCACUGCGGCAAGUGUGACAAUCGCUGCUCGCCUGGAGUCAAGUGUGAGUUUGGAUAUUGUGGUUAUGCUUAA